AUGGGGAGGAAUACAAAUUUGAAUGACCCUUUGUUCGGAGCAGCUGAUGGUUCCCAUAACGUACAACACGAUUACAUCCGUCAUGAGCAUAGUGUCCCAAGCAAUAAUGUAGCUGAUAGUCCAAUUGAAUACGUUGGGGCUGCACCAUUACAUGAGAUGUUGGAUGACCCGUUACAUGGUACAAAUGGUGCUAAUUUUGCAGACAUAUUCUUCAGUAAGAAAGAGCUAUAUUCAAAAAUUCAUGUGCUUGCUUUACAGGAGAAGUUCCUUUUUAAGGUCAGCAGGUCGAGCCUCAAAAUGUUAACUGUCGUAUGCUCAGACGAUAAUUGCAAGUGGACGUUACGGGCUUCGAGUGUGAAGCAGUCUGCAAUAUUCAUGAUCCGUAAAUUUAACAAUGUGCACACAUGUUCUGUAGAUUUCCGUCGUAACGCACAUCGACAUGCCACUACUUCUGUAAUUGUCGAGCAUAUUUUGGAGAAAUUAGAUAAUCCAUACCAAUCAAACGAUCCUACCACUAUUGCGCGUGACAUGGAACGCGAGUUUGAUGUGAAACUAAGUUACCAAAAAGCACAUAGGGAUAAGGUGUUUGCUUUACAUAUGUUUUAUUACUUCUUCCUGACAUUCGGUGCAAGCAUUCGUGGUUACAUGCACUACUUGAAACCUGUUAUUUGUGUUGACGGUAGUCACUUGAAAGGUUCAUACAAAGGUACACUACUGCUGGCAACUGGCCAAGAUGCUAACAAACAGAUUUAUCCCCUAGCAUGGAGAAUCGUCGAUGUCGAAAUGAAUAGAUCUUGGAUGUGGUUUCUGUCAAACUUGAAAGAGCUUAUAGGCAACUUGGACGAACUCGUUUUUGUUUCCGAUAGGAAAAACGGUAUUUCUAAUGACAUUGCUCAUGUAUUUCCCCAGUCUCACCAUGGAUACUGUAUUUGGCAUUUGGCGAAGAACUUAAUCUAG